GAGGCGCACGACGGCCGGCCCUGCCAUUGGCUGGCCCGCUGACAGCUCGGGCGGCGAUUGUAGGAUCGCGGAGCUCCGCCUCCCCCCAGCGGGGCCCGGGGGCCAUUCAUAAACUACGCGGCCCCUCCGUCGGCCCAGAGACUUCCCCACCUCCAUGGCCCGAGCGCGCGGCGGCGGCGGGCGCAGCAGCAGCACCAGCACAAUCCACGGCCAGAGGUGGGCGGGCGAAGGAGGAAGAGGAGGAGGAGGACGAGGGGAGAGGGCGGGGGGAGCGGAGAGAGAAACCCUGGAAAGCCGCACUCGCCCCGCUGCUCUCCGGCGGCUCCACGGCGGCAAAAGACGGCCGGAACAAAGAGGCGCGCCGCUGUCCGCCCGCUGACCCGACAGCGGCACGAGUGAAUGGUCACAGGUCCGUCGCCGCUACUCCGCUCUGCCCAGCAUCACCAUCAUCAUCACCAGAUUACUAAGAAUAAUAGCAGCACUCAAAGAGCAGCAGACGGAAGCCCGACGGGGAAGGGCGGCGGCGGCGGCAGAAGCAGCUCUCCAAGAGGCUUCCACUCCCGGGAAGCCUUCCGAUCAGGCCGCCUGCAGUCGGAGAUCGACGCCAGCCGCCGCCAGCCGUCCCCGGAGGUCCCGGGACCGGCAUCGCCCGCGCCCUCGAGUUCCCGCGCAGCCUGGGCUUCGAAGCUCCCGCCGCUGAGAUGCAGGCCUGAGCUGGUGGCCCGGCGGUCGGGGGCGCCGGGCUCCGAUGUGAGGCUGCGGCGGGGGCGGCUGCGGGGGGCCAAGUUGGCGCGGAGAGGGCCCGAGGUGGCCGGCGGCGGCGGGUCGGCGGGGGCUCCGGGGCGGCCGCGGCGUUGGAUCCGUCAGCGUACUGCGAGAGCCCGGUGUACAGCCCGGACGUGUGCCCCAACAUGAUCGCGGCGCAGGCCAAGCUGGUGUACCAGCUGAACCGGUACUACACGGAGCGGUGCCAGGCGCGCAAGGCGGCCAUCGCCAAGACCAUCCGCGAGGUGUGCAAGGUGGUGUCGGACGUCUUGAAGGAGGUGGAGGUGCAGGAGCCGCGCUUCAUCAGCUCGCUGAGCGAGAUCGACGCGCGCUACGAGGGCCUCGAGGUGGUCUCGCCCACCGAGUUCGAGGUGGUGCUCUACCUCAACCAGAUGGGCGUCUUCAACUUCGUGGACGACGGCUCGCUGCCCGGCUGCGCGGUGCUCAAGCUGAGCGACGGCCGCAAGCGCAGCAUGUCCCUCUGGGUGGAGUUCAUCACGGCCUCGGGCUACCUGUCGGCGCGCAAGAUCCGCUCGCGCUUCCAGACGCUGGUGGCGCAGGCCGUGGACAAGUGCAGCUACCGCGACGUGGUCAAGAUGAUCGCCGACACCAGCGAGGUGCGGCUGCGCAUCCGCGAGCGCUACGUGGUGCAGAUCACGCCGGCCUUCAAGUGCACGGGCAUCUGGCCCCGCAGCGCGGCCCAGUGGCCCCUGCCCCACAUCCCCUGGCCCGGGCCCAACCGCGUGGCCGAGGUCAAGGCCGAGGGCUUCAACCUCCUCUCCAAGGAGUGCCACUCGCUGACCGGCAAGCAGAGCUCGGCCGAGAGCGACGCCUGGGUGCUGCAGUUCGGCGAGGCCGAGAACCGCCUGCUGAUGGGCGGCUGCCGCAACAAGUGCCUGUCGGUGCUCAAGACCCUGCGCGACCGCCACCUCGAGCUGCCCGGCCAGCCGCUCAACAACUACCACAUGAAGACGCUGCUGCUCUACGAGUGCGAGAAGCACCCGCGCGAGACCGACUGGGACGAGGCCUGCCUGGGCGACCGCCUCAACGGCAUCCUCCUGCAGCUCAUCUCCUGCCUGCAGUGCCGACGCUGCCCCCACUACUUCCUCCCCAACCUCGACCUCUUCCAGGGCAAGCCCCACUCCGCCCUCGAGAGCGCCGCCAAGCAGACCUGGCGCCUCGCCCGAGAGAUCCUCACCAACCCCAAGAGCCUCGACAAGCUAUAGGAGCGCCCCGGCCGGGCCCGACCCCACGGCGGGCGAGCAGAAGGACUCGCCGGGCGGCAGCCAAAGGGACCCCCUCCCCCGCGCGCCCAGCGCAGCGCCGGGCCCCUCUCCGCCACUCACCCCCGUCCCCUUCUGGGGUCUCCUUCCAAGCCUCGACGGUCUGGCGCACUGGCCAGCGGGCCCCGGGACUUGGGCGCAGCCAGACCAGCCCCCCCGACGGACUGCUCUACUCUGUCCCCCCCAAGCGUAAGUGUCCCCCGUUUGUUUCUCUCGCUCUCGUUCGCCUGAAUGUUGUCACCAAGUGAAAACAGACAUUUAUUUAAACUCUCUGUACGCCUUUCUCUGUUUCUUUCCUUUUCUUGUUUUUCUUUGGGGGGGGGGGGGGAGAAGAAGAACCACACGAAGUUUACUGGUGUUAAAUGUAUUUCAGUGCCAAGGUCAGAUGAUGUGCCCUCCCUCCGUCCCCCCACCCCCGGACUGACUUGUUGGAAAACGGUGAUGAUGAUGAUGAUAAUAAUAAUAAUAAAAAUAAAAAUGACUUUUAACUUUC